CCAGCCAGAACCGCACACAGUUAAAAUGCUACAAAACAGACCCUGCAUUCACUAUAUCUGGUCCCAGACCCUGCAUUCACUAUAUCUGGUCUCCCCGGACCCUGCAUUCACUAUAUCUGGUCUCCCAGGACCCUGCAUUCACUAUAUCUGGUCUCCCAGGACCCUGCAUUCACUAUAUCUGGUCUCCCUGGACCCCGCAUUCUCUAUAUCUGGUCUCCCAGGACUCUGCAUUCACUAUAUCCGGUCUCUCAGGACCCUGCAUUCUCUAAAUCUGGUCUGCCCGGACCCUGCAUUCACUAUAUCUGGUCUCCCAGGACCCUGCAUUCACUAUACCCGGUCUCCCCGGACCCUGCAUUCACUUAUAUAUCACUAUAUAUCCGGUCUCCCAUGGACCCCUGCAUAUCACUAAUAUCUGGUCUCCCGGACCCUGCCGCUCCGCUCGGACCUGCUUCCCGGACCCCUGCAUUCACUAUAUCUGGUCUCCUCAGACCCUGCAUUCACUAUAUCUGGUCUCCCA